AUGGCGGCGCUGGUGGCACCUCGUCUGGCCCUGUUUGGCUCUUUUUCAACAAGACCCAUUUCAGUUUUUGCCAUUCAACAUAAAAGUCUGCACAGCAGCACUCGAAGUGAGAAUACCACCACAAGUGUGGUGCCAGUCAGAGAGAAAAGCACAGCAGUGGCAGCAGCCAAACCAGCAGCUGUGGCCAGCAGCAAGGGGGAGUAUGUUAUCACCAAGCUGGAUGACCUGGUGAAUUGGGCGCGCAGGAGCUCUCUGUGGCCGAUGACUUUUGGCCUGGCGUGCUGUGCCGUGGAGAUGAUGCACAUGGCGGCUCCGCGUUACGACAUGGAUCGCUUUGGAGUGGUGUUCAGAGCGAGUCCUCGACAGGCCGAUGUCAUGAUUGUGGCAGGAACACUGACCAACAAGAUGGCUCCCGCCCUGCGGAAGGUGUAUGACCAGAUGCCUGAGCCCAGAUAUGUCAUUUCCAUGGGAAGCUGUGCUAACGGAGGAGGCUACUACCACUACUCCUAUGCUGUUGUCAGAGGCUGCGACCGAAUUGUCCCAGUGGACAUUUAUGUUCCAGGAUGUCCUCCGACUGCUGAAGCUCUCCUCUACGGAACUUUACAGCUACAGAAGAAAAUCAAGCGUGAGAAGAAGCUCAAGAUCUGGUAUAGAAAAUGAAUGUGUAAUGUGUGUGUGCGUGUAUCUACUAUGUAAAUGAUGUUUUUCUUGGAGCGCUGCUCCUCCUCCAUGUAGAGCUGCAGGAUUUACCUUCAUUGUGUAAUUUACUCACUGGUGUUUAUGUUCACCCAGUGGCAGAGACUCGCUUCUGGUUUUCUGCCUCAGCUUUAGAUCAGUUUCAAAUGUUCCUGUGAAUCAGAAGAAACAUUAGUGGCUUAUGUCGGACUGUCAACAUUUUAAAUUAAUCUAAAGUAGCCCUAUGCAGUAUGUUUCUCUUUCAUAAUCGAACUUUUGGUCAGUUGUAAACAGGGUUGAGUGGCAAACUACAAAAUGGUUCAUCUUAUUUUCAAUAAACUGCGCUUACAUGAAA